AUGUCAAACCAUCUGGCAGAACUGUCGAAGCUGAACCAUUCGACUGACGCGCAGGGUAACUUUGAACGUCAGGCUCAGGCUCAAACCAGAUCGAAUGCAGUAAGCCUUCAAGGAUUGAUCUCUGGCGUGGCUGGACGGAAUAGGGAACCCGUCGUUUCGGCGCUGCAGCCUUUCCGAUACAAAAAUAGUUUCGGGAAACUAGCUGUCGAAAGAGAUCGAACAUCAAGAGAAUCGGAGGCCCGUAACCUAGCCGCGGAGGACGAGUGGGUUCCACAGAUCCGCGGAAGAUUUAUCUCACUCGUCUGUAUCGCGUUGCCAAUUGGCAGCACUUUCAGCCGCUGCGUUGUGUAA